UGGAAAAUAGAAGAUAGUGUAAAAGAUACGGAAAUAAUAUAUAUAUCCGCGGUAGUUGCUAAGGGCCAGAGCGAAGAUAUCUCUAUUACUUUCUGGGCCGGUUGUAGAGAGGGACUUAAAGUAAUUAACGCUUUUAGAAUGCAGCCUACUUAG